AUGUUAACAGACUGGCUGGGACAUCACAAAGAUGAAAUCGUCUUCGUAAAGGAUGUGACUGAUCAUGCCCACUCCUUGACCACCGCCUGUGGGUAUGCCCUCCUCAUUGGGCAAAGUAACGCCCCGGACCUCGCUGAAAACCUCUCCUCCUGCCUCGACUUGGCCGUUCUUGAGAAUUGCAGGGAACUCUCCGCCGGCGGCUCCGGCGUCUGGGUGAGCUGA